UGUGAAAGAAACGGACGAGCCAUGAGGUGCAAAAGUGACUUCCUAGCUAAUUUAGCUAUAUUUUUUCACCUAGUCAGUAGUUACGGCUUUAUAUAUGUGCAAUGUGUGGACGCGCCAUUUAUACAUAUACCCGGAAACGGCGUCAUUUCCGGUACCUAUUUGAAAAUGUUUCGAACCCAAAAUGUUAAAGCCUAUCUGGGCAUUCGGUACGCACAUGCCAGAAGAUUUCAACCUCCGGAUAUCGAACUAACACCAUGGAAGGGGAUUUUCAAUGCCACCUCGUUCGCCCCGGACUGUUGGCAAAAUCCCAUGCCCUCCGUGGGCAGAGAGACGGAACAAAUCCUGAAAAUAAUAUCCUCCGAAACGAAUUCGGAUGACAGUGGAAGGAAGUACGAGGAGAAUUGCUUGUAUCUGAACGUUUUUGUACCUGAUGGAUUGCCAGAAAAUAAUGGAUAUGCCGUCGUUGUGUGGAUCCAUUCCGGUGACUUUUCCACUGGCAGCCCCGCGGAUGUGAACCCCUUUCAGUUGGUGUUUAAGCAGAAAGUAAUUGUUGUGACCUUUUCGUAUCGCCUGAACAUAUUCGGAUUUUUUACAACCGACGAUGGCGAGGCCCAGGGUAACUAUGGUCUUAUGGAUCAAUCGGCAGCCCUGUAUUGGGUCAAGAAGAAUAUAAACCUAUUUGGCGGCGAUUCCAAUCGGAUAACGCUGAUGGGACACGAUGCGGGCGCCACUAGUGUGGCGCUGCAUAUGACCUCGGGCGAGUGGUCCAAGGGUGGCUUUCACAAGGCCAUCAUUAUGUCUGGGAAUCCCAUGAACGCGGUGAAAAUGCCCUACGAAUAUGAGGGAUCUCUGGACCAGGUUUCUAGCGUGUUUGGCUGCCCCCGGAGACCGACAUCGAUGUUUAUGCAGUGUCUGAAGAGGGUGGACGCAAAGCGGCUUUCAGAGAACUUGCCUUCCGUCAGCUGGGGUCCGGUUGUGGACUUUGGUCUAAGUAACACCUCAUACCCGUUCAUCGAAAAUCAGCCCGAGAUCCUGUUCAAAAAGGGAAGCUACCACAAAGUGCCCGUAAUCAUCGGAGUGACCGACAUGGAGGAGGUGCUGACUCUGUUCAAGGAUAACCUGGACACGGAAAUAAGUGCGGCCGAUACGGAGGGCUUCUUCAGCGACAUUGCCGUGACCGAUAUGCACAAACUGGUGAGGAACUAUGAGUGGUGUUCCAACUACGAGCUGAUCACGGACGCCAUCAACUUCAUGUACGCCAAUGAAUCGGACAUGGACAUGAAGAAGGCCAACAAGCACAUAAUAAGUGCGCACACCGAAAAGUUCUAUAUAACUCCAAUGCAAUCUUUCGCCGAUAUGGUAAGCAAGGACAGCACCGUCUAUAGUUACCUAUUUAAGAUGCGCCCGAGGUCGGUGCUCCAAGAUCUACCCAGCUGGAUAAGCGUGCCCAAGUACUUCGAUCAGGUGUUCGUCUGGGGAAAUCCGUAUAUGACCAAUACGGUCGAUUGGAAGUCAGCGGAUAAACGAAAUUCCGACAUAAUCAUGACCCUGUGGGCGAACUUUGCCAAGACAUCCAAUCCCACAAAGUCCAACGUGUACAUCAAGUGGAAUGCCGUGACCCCGAACAAUGACUCAGUGCUCCUGAUCGAUGAGGCCUUUAACACCGACAACUUGCUCAACAAUCAGAGGAUCAACUUCUGGAAAACGCUGUAUCCCAAGAUACUGUACUAUUCCGCCGACUGCUGCAAUUCAACAAUGUCGGGAGGCUCGCUGGUGAUCGUAACAUCCAUUCCAAUACUAUGUACUCUCUCCAUAAUCGUUAAUAUAUUUUGA